AUGGCACCGCCUCGAGUCUUCAUUGUCCGCCACGGCGAGACGGAGUGGUCUCUGAACGGAAGACACACGGGAUCAACGGACAUCCCACUGACUGCCAACGGAGAGAAGCGAGUCAAGGCCACAGGCAGGGCUCUCAUCGGCAACGACAGGCUCAUCGUGCCCAAGAAACUGGCUCACAUAAAGAGAGCCCAGCAGACGUUUGAGCUGCUGAACCUCGGCAUCAAGGGCCCUUUGCCAUGGGAUGCCCACGGACCAGAGACGGACGGCUCCGGAUUGGAGUGCGAUGCCCGGAUUGAGAUCACCGAAGAUAUUCGGGAGUGGGACUACGGUGACUAUGAGGGUAUUACUAGCGCUGAAAUCCGAAAGAGACGCAAGGAGGCCGGUAUUGAGGGCUACUGGGAUAUCUGGAAGGACGGAUGCGAAGGUGGAGAGAGUCCUGAAGACAUCACUCGCCGACUCGACCGUUUGAUAGAUGAGAUUCGAGAGAAAUGGCAGAAGCCGCACAUGGGCAAGGGGAAGGAUGGAGGCAGCGGUGACGUCCUUGUUGUUGCUCAUGGACACAUUCUCCGCGCGUUCGCCAUGCGGUGGGUCAACAAGACUCUUCAAGACGGCCCAACCUUUCUGCUAGAAGCUGGAGGUGUCGGAACUAUGAGUUACGAGCACAACAGCAUUGACGAGCCGGCUAUUCUGCUUGGUGGCGCUUUUAUAGUAGACUCGCCCGAGGAGAAGAUUGCUGAAGCCAAGAAGGAUUAG